AAGCUCUCCAAGCGCACAGAUCAGAGAGAGAGAGAGAGAGAGAGAGAGAGAGAGAUCAGACUGGUGGAGUUCUGUGUGUUGAUGGUGAAGAGCUGGUGAAUGGACUGAGUAAGACUUCAGAGAUCCGCGUGUUUAUUUCGGGAUUUUCGGAACGAACUGAACAUGAGCGCAUACUUUAUUUGAUUGACUGAAGGAAACGCUGGAGAUGGUGGUAAGUGAGCUGGAGUUGGACUCGGCGGUGGACUUCACUCCGUGCUGUGUUUAAUACUGUACACACACCACACCACACCACACCACACGCGUAAUAAAGGUGAAGUGAGUGGUGUGUGCGGCAUGGCGCGCUGGGUAAACUACCUCUUUCUGGGUUAUCUCACCUGGCACUUGUACGUCCUCGAUGCCCGCGGAGAGUACUGUCAUGGCUGGCUGGACACCAGCGGGAACUACCACGAAGGCUUCCAGUGUCCGGAGCACUUGGACACGGCGGACGCGGGGGUUUGCUGUGGGAGCUGCGCGCUGCGCUACUGCUGUGCUGCCACGGACGCGCGCCUGGACCAGGGCAGCUGCACCAACCACCGGGACAGCGAGCACACGGAAUACACACCACAACCUAUCUACAUGCCGUUCCUGAUGGUUGGCUCUAUUUUUGUGGCGUUUGUGGUCAUUGGAUCAUUGGUGGCCGUGUACUGCUGUACAUGUUUACGACCCAAACAGCCGACGCAGCAGCCGAUCCGCUUCUCCCUGCGCAGCUUCCAGGGCGAGACCAUCCCCAUGAUCCUGACUGCAGGGACGGCGCAGACCAACCUGCGCGCACCAUCGCGUCAGUCCAGCACGGCUACCACCAGCUCCAGCAGUGUGGGAGGAGGCAGCUCACUGCGUCGCUUCUCUCUAGGCAGAUCUGACGCUCUGGGACUCCAACAGCCCCCACAGCAGCUCCUGCUGGCCUCAGCCUCGUCUAUUUCCACCCCAGUGUCCCUGGCACCAGCUCAGCCCUUACUGCCUCCUCCACCUCCACCUCCAUACUCAUCUCCACAGUGCCUGCAGGGCAGCGUCUCUUACGUGCACACGCACCAACACGGCCACCAUCAGAGCCUCCACGCAGCCCAGAGCUCCAACCUUCUCCUGUCCCAGCAGUACUUCUUCCCCUUGCAACCAGAGCCGUUCGGAGCGAGUAAAGGUUUUGCUGACUUCAGCCAGAGCUGAGAUGAAGCUCAGGAUACUGGAGCUGCUGUAAAGUUGUGUGACACACACUCUUUAGCCUGAACUGGAAUACAAUAUACAGUGAUCAAAACAACAACAAAAAAGUUUGUUUGAAGCUGAUGUGCUGUUGAAACAGGCAGGAAUGAGACAGGCACAUAACUACAGAGGAAAGCACAAUAUUUGUCAGACUGGAACACAGGCCCCGGUUUGCACCUCUUAAUAAAUUAUAUUCAAUUUAUGCACUUUCAUCGUGUUUUAUAUAUAAUUCUAUCUUUCUGGACGUGUGACAAAGCCAAGGAACACUUUAUGAAAUGACUACUUGGUUAUUUACGGAAUUGAACCAGGGAUUAAAACGUAUCUUUUUUGGGUUUUUUUUGACAAUCACAGAAAUUCUUACAGUUUACUAUGUAAAAAGUGGCGAGUGUUUAUACGUGUGAGAUUGUGUGUGUGUGUGUGAAAGCGAGUGAGUGCGUGCGAUUGCUACGUAGAACGGGAUCGAAAUAUGUAGUGACCAUUCAGCAUUUUGAAAUGUAUAUUUUACAGCACAUUACGUUUGCUCCUUGGAAGAACAGCUACUAACAUUGAGCCGUAUUUCUUCCUGUUCCUUUCGCUCUUCUCUGAACUGCAGUCGAGUAAGACACAGCUACCUCUGGGACCGUUUUUCUUUUCAACUGUUUGUUUUUCCAUGAUCUGGUAUAGGUUUUGUAUUUCAUUUAGCAUAAUUCAUAGAAAGCUGAAUAAUUGCCCAUAAUCGCCCUGGGUUUCAGGUUACGCUAACAGCUACACGCUCUCUGCUAGAUUUGCGGUGAGAGCGCUCAUGUUACUGAAAUAUCGGACCAACUGGAACAGCGCAAUGGAGGACAUUCAUGUACGAGAACUGUGUUCAUGCUCUCUGUUCUGCUGUUUAAAAAAUAAUAAUUGUCACGUUUUUUUUACAUAAUUUUGUUGAAAUUAAGUAAUAAAUUGAAUAACUUGAAA